AUGGCUCUUUACUGGAUUUUCGUCCUUCUCGGAUUUGUUCCCGUUUCUCAUCAGACAUGCUCGUGCUUGAAUGAUUCUUUGAUUUUUCUGCAUUUCAGUGGAGCUGUACAGACGAAGAUUUUGAAUGCUCACAACACGCUGCGUUCGCAAAUUGCUCGCGGACUUUACAAAUCAUCGAAUGGAACGGUCUUUGUGACGGCGACAAAUAUGUUGAAAUUGACCUGGAAUGCCACGUUGACGCACUUUGCCGCCAUCAAUUCGCUCAGAUGUCAAUCGGGUGCUGGAGACGGUUUAUGCAUUUUCGUUCAGCCCAACGGAUCACCGGAUACUAUUGGCACCACGGCGACCACGAAAUGGGCAAAUGAAUUCAAAACGUAUGGUCCAAUGGGUUAUGUGACAAGUGACAAGACGAUAGCGGCUGUUUCGAUGGCCUGGGCACGGACCCAAUCCGUCGGUUGUGCCUAUUCGAUGUGCAUGAAUGGAACACAAAGCGUGACCGCGAUGGUGUGUGCCUAUUAUCCAAUUGGCACUGUGGGUAAACAACUGAUUUAUUUCCAAGGCCCUACUUGCUCGAAAUGCCCCAAUGGGACGGCUUGUGUGCCUGCUAGUGGACUUUGUGUG